AUGGAUCAUCUCAUAACGGAUCCAACCGAUUUUGCAAAAACAAAAAUUCCUGCUUUAGAACAGUGGGAUACCCUGUUACGUUGCCAUAUUUGUAAAGACUUUCUGAAAGUUCCGGUCUUAACACCUUGUGGACACACUUUUUGUUCUUUGUGCAUAAGGAAAUAUAUUAACAAUUCUGCCAAAUGUCCCUUAUGUUUAUCUGAAUUAAGAGACUCUAUGCUUAGAAGUGAGUUUUUGGUAAAUGAGUUAGUUGAAUGCUAUACGAAUUUUCGACCUUCUUUACUAAAGCAUCUACAAGUAGAUAAAUUAAAUCAACUGGAACCAGAAGUGAUCCAAGAAUCUUCUUUAAUUGAAAUUGAUUCAGAACCAGACGUUGAGAUUAAAGAACAAUCAUUAACAAAUAAUGAUGAUAUACAGAUUAUAGGAAAUUCGUCAGAAGCUUCCAAGAGUAAGAUGACAACAGUUCCCAAACCUAAUAAAAUAAUUAAACAAAACAAUUUAAUAAAUAAAAAAAAAUCAAAAUCUACCGUGGAGGGUAUGUUCAAUAGAAAACAAGAAUUCAGGAACUCAUCAUCUUCAUCCUUUUCACAUCAACAAAUGGCUCAAUGUCCAAUUUGUCAAGAAUUUUUCCCAAUACGCACCCUUGAACGGUCUCAUCUUGAUGAAUGUUUAAGUCUGCAAUCGUUAGGAAGAUUACCCAAAACAAACAAUAAAAUCACGAUUUCCAAAACGAAAUCAAAUAUAUUACCGUUCUCGAAAAAAAUGUCUGAUUCAACAUCUGAACUCUCUUCAUCAGCUUCCAAAAGAGACAAAUCAUCUUCUCCUUUCUAUCUCCCCACCAAAAAUAUUAAUUAUAGUUCUAAUUUAACUUCAACCUCGCAGCACAAAGAAAAAGUGCAAGAGAAAGAAAAGAUAUCUUACGUCUCAAGAUAUGUUAAUUCAAUUGCUAAUACAGAUAAAAGUGAAAGGUUACCAAAACUAGAUUAUUCUAAUUUAUCAAUGCAGCAAUUGAGACAGAAAUUGAAUGCUCUAAAUUUACCCUCAUCUGGUUCAAGACAAACACUGAUAGAGAGAUAUAAUUAUUACGAAAUGAUAUGGAAUAGUAAUUUUUGUGAUUCUUUGAAUCCAGUAGAUGAAUCCGAUCUAAGGCGACAGUUAGCCUCUUGGGAAGCAUCCAAUAUUCCUAAAUCAGGAAAUAGUAAUAAGAACACUAUUGGCAAUUUAAUUCAAAGAGGUGAUAGAGGAUACCAAAAAUUAUUAACGAAUUUCAAAAAUGACAAAUUUGAUAGAAAGGCCUGGAGUCAAAUGUAUUCAAAAGAGUUUAGAAAGUUGAUUAACGAGGCUAAACUUAAUUAUAAAAAACCAUCUAUCACAAAUACAAAGUUAAGCUUUAAUCCUCAUGAUGCGCCAAUGAAAGAACAGAGCCAUACAGAGAUUAUAAAAGAAGCUCCUCCAACACAUACAAACAAAUCUGAACUAAAUAAUAACAAUAUCGAUAAUAUGGAUGAUAAUACCAACAAUAACAUAGACGAGAGUAAAACAGAUAUAGAAAAAUUAAAAACACAUACUGAAACUGAUAAUAAUAUUUCUACUGAUGAAGAUUUUUCAAAAGACCUGUCGCAAACACUAAACAAUAAAUUUUAA